AAUACGAAUUAUUUCAAUAUAUAUUCAAACCUAAAUAUUAAACGGUACAAUACAAGUACCAACUGUGCCGUAUCGAAAGUAACAGCGCGCGUGCAUUGGCAUACGGAAAACGCCUGGUACGAGUGUACGACAACAUACCGAACCACACGAGAUUUUAAGAUUAACAGCAUUGUUGACAGCUCGCAGAAUUUCUUCCUUGUUCUCUCGUUCUCUCUCGCUUCCUACUGCUCCUGCUUCUCUUGGCUUUGGAAGGGGAAUGCAAAGAUUUACUAGUAGUGCUGCAGUAAUUGAUGAACCAAUAAUCCCACCUCUUCAAAUUAAUUACACCAAGCUUCUCAUCAAUGGUCAAUUUGUCGAUUCAGCUUCUGGAAAAACAUUUCCGACACUCGAUCCUCGAACCGGAGAAGUAAUUGCACAUGUUGCUGAAGGAGAUGCAGAAGAUAUUAAUCGAGCUGUAUCAGCUGCACGCAAGGCGUUCGACGAAGGGCCGUGGCCAAGAAUGACUGCUUACGAAAGAUCGCGCAUAAUGUUGCGUUUCGCUGAUCUGGCGGAAAAGCACACGCAAGAGCUAGCUCAACUCGAGACAUGGGACAAUGGGAAGCCGUACGAGCAAGCUUUGACAGCCGAGCUUCCCUUGUUUGUGAGGCUGUUUCAUUAUUACGCCGGAUGGGCGGAUAAAAUCCACGGCUUAACGGUGCCGGCAGACGGGCCCCACCACGUACAAGUAUUGCACGAACCGAUCGGUGUUGCGGGCCAAAUUAUUCCAUGGAACUUUCCGCUUCUCAUGCUCGCCUGGAAAGUGGGACCCGCUCUUGCGUGCGGCAACACUAUUGUACUAAAAUCGGCAGAGCAAACGCCGUUGACUGCUCUGUAUGUAGCAAAACUCUUCCAAGAGGCAGGCCUUCCGGACGGUGUUCUUAACGUUGUCUCAGGGUACGGUUCGACAGCUGGCGCCGCUCUCGCUAGUCACAUGGAUGUGGACAAGUUAGCUUUCACCGGAUCGACCAAUACCGGCAAAGUGGUGCUGGAAUUGGCGGCACGGAGCAAUUUAAAGCCGGUGACGCUUGAACUCGGCGGCAAAUCUCCGUUUAUCGUAUGCGACGAUGCUGAUGUGGAUCAUGCUGUGGAGCUAGCACAUUUUGCUCUAUUCUUUAAUCAGGGUCAAUGCUGCUGCGCUGGUUCUCGUACGUACGUCCACGAACGUAUAUACGAUGAAUUCGUCGACAAGGCAAAGGCACGAGCUUUGGGUCGUACGGUGGGUGAUCCAUUCAAGAACGGAAUCGAGCAAGGCCCGCAGAUUGAUUUGAAGCAAUUCGAGAAGGUUCUUCGAUACAUAAAAUCGGGUAUCGAUAGUGACGCGACAUUGGAAUGUGGAGGUGAUAGAUUUGGUUCUAAAGGUUACUUUGUCCAGCCAACUGUUUUUUCAAAUGUCAAGGAUGACAUGUUGAUAGCCCAGGAUGAGAUAUUCGGCCCGGUCCAGUCCAUCUUGAAAUUCAAGGACGUUGACAAAGUGAUUAAGAGGGCAAACGCAACGCGUUACGGACUAGCAGCCGGUGUAUUCACAACAAACAUCGACAAAGCGAACACAAUUUCGAGAGGAUUGAAAGCCGGCACGGUGUGGAUCAACUGCUACGACAUAUUCGAUGCCGCGAUUCCUUUUGGAGGGUACAAAAUGAGCGGCAUUGGGCGGGAGAAGGGAGUUUAUAGUCUCAAUAACUAUUUGCAGGUCAAAUCCGUCAUUUCUCCUCUUAAGAAUCCCGCAUGGUUGUAAUCGUACAUAGGCGGAAAUUUUACGCCAUAAAAUAAAAACAUGGGGUGUUUAGUGCAAAUUUUCAUUAAUACAUGGGGUUUUAUGCAAAUUAAAUAAAUGGAC